AAUUCGUUUGCCAGGGAGACUCGAUUCACAGAAACGGUCCACAUGAUCCGGCCAGGGAAUCAGUUACCCCCUUCACCCCCUUCGGCGUUGCUUGUGGAUCAUUUCGUGAUUAACGCGAGCACUGGCUAGGAAUACUGAUUGCCUUCAAGUAGCUCUCGAUGUUGGAAUGACGGACACAAAUUCUGCUACUGAAUGAGACCAUAUUCUGCACCGUUAAUUGGUUUUAUGAAUAUAUGGUGUCGAAUUACAUUCUGUCUCGAAUCCAUGUGCCCUUUCUGCACGAACGUUGGUUUGUAGUUGUAGUGCAGCCAGUGUGUUUGGUUUAGGAUUAUGCUUUGACGAUCGAUGAGUCCGUUUCAUGGUUUUAUACUUGUCAUUUAUCUUCUUGUGAUUUUUUGUUUACAAAUGUUCCCCCAAUUGUAACGUGGGACUUUCGUGUGUGGUGGUUGCUCAAAUUGAUAGUUUUGGUCAUUUGAUUUGCGGAGAGCAAUCGGUGUCAUGGAAAAUCCCUUCGACUGCUUUGAUCCAAUCAAAGUUCUGCUUGAGCCAAUGUGAGAGGUGGAGGAUUGGGCUUCUUCUAAGUGAGGGCUUUCGAUUAUUGAUAUCUCAAGGCGAAUGUUGAAGGCGCUUAGGGAGUAAAUAUGAAGGGAGAUAGGGAUACAGGGCGAUUUCGCAGGGAUGAUGCUGCUUUUGAACGGGAUGUGGAAGGUGGUGAAAGACCCACACCCGGGCUAUUAGGCUUGAGAUCUCUGGCAUCUAGCUCAGGACGGGGAUGGUGGAGCAAAACUGUUUUGUGGGCCGUAUUUGCUGUUGUCCUCAUUGAAUGCGCUUUCAUUGUUCGCCUUGAUAUUUUGAAUUCCCCUUCUUCAUCUUACUCGUCCUCUCUUGAUUCCCACCCCGAGAAUCCCAACAAAAUCUCUGGACAAGAAGAACUAACGAUAAAAACCAAUAAAACAAUUCGGAUUGACAAGUUACCAACGGGAACAGAUGAUGUCUGCUCGGCAGAAUGGCUAGAGAAGGUUGACAAAGUUACAUACUCGCGUGAUUUUAAGAAGAAACCUGUGCUGGUUGUAUCGGGAAAUGAAGUUGAGAAUUGGGAUAAAUGUUCUGUGCCAUGCGUGUUCAAGGCCCAUGGUGAGGGUCAGGCAGAUGCAGAGUUUGGCUAUGGAGAUUCACCCUCGGCACUACUAGUGUUACGCUCUAUGGAAUCUUCUGCUUAUUUUCCUGAGAAUGACAUCGUGCGGGCGCGAAGCAACGGAGUGGGAGUGGUGAUGACUACAAGCCUGUCAUCGGAUGUUCCAGUGGGCUACUUUUCGUGGGCGGAGUAUAAAAUCAUGGAUGCUCCCAAGCCCAAGACAAAACCAGCUCUUGGAGCUGCUUUUAUUUCCAACUGUGGUGCGCAUAAUGAUCGUCUUACAAUUAUGCGAAUGUUACAAAACGAAGGCGUUCAAAUAGACUCAUACGGUUCUUGUGAACAAAAUGUUCUUGGAGGCCGAGCAUUGAACAAGUUGGAAACUCUUCGAGAGUACAAGUUUAGCCUUGCUUUCGAAAAUUCCAACGUUGAGGAUUAUGUUACGGAGAAGUUCUUUCAAUCCUUAGUUGCUGGCUCAGUCCCUAUUGUAACGGGACCUCCAAAUAUUUAUGACUUCGCACCCGCAUCAAAUUCUCUUGUAUACAUUAAGGACGUUAGCGAAGUAAAGGCUGCAGCAAGUCGCAUAAAAUAUCUCGCAGAAAACGAGACUGCGUACAACGAGACUUUGCAGUGGAAGUUUAAUGGUCCUUCAGAUUCGUUUCUAGCUCUAGUAGACAUGGCUGCCGUGCACUCCUCCUGCAGGUUAUGCAUCUUUGUAGCUACCAAAUCGCGCCUGAAAGAAGAAGCGGCUGCUCCUAAAAGACCUUGCAAGUGCACCAGCAAAUCUGGGUCCACCCUCUACCAUUUAUAUGUACGAGAGCGGGGUCGUUUCGAAAUGGAAUCGGUUUUUAUUGAAGGAUCGAAACUUUCCCUAGCCCAUUUGAAGCAAGUUGUAGUAGACAAGUUCACGGCCCUCAAGCAUGUUCCUAUUUGGAAGACAGAGCGGCCCGAAGUUAUUAGGGGGAACUCAGACCUUCGGAUCUACAAAAUAUAUCCUGUGGGCCUUACUCAACGGGAGGCACUUUAUACUUGGGAUUUCGGUGGUGAUAAGGGGUUAAAGGCUAUGGUUCAAAAACAACCUUGUCUUCAAUUGGAAGUAGUUUUUGUUUGAUCCCGUUUUCAUAUCAGUGUAUUAUCAUCAGUGACUGCAUAUUGACACCCAAUUCUGAUGAUUUUUUAUUUUUUAUUUUUUAUUUUUUUUGGUAUGGUUACAUGCUUUUCAGAGGUUUCUAUGCCGCUGAGUAUUUUCCUGAAUCGCGAGGUGUGGCAGGUUAUCUGCGCCGUCCACCCAAUAUUUUAUGAUGA